AUGAUGAUCAUAUUGCCUUUAGCGCUUGUUGCCUAUAUAUUAAUGCUCGUUGCAAUGUCGAUAACUAGUGCCUGUACAAACUCAUUUAAUUACAAUGAAAGCAUAAAACAUACUCAAAAUAAAAACGAAACGGACGCACCUAUACCAAUAAUAAGUUCAACUGUCAAAAAUAUCGAGAGAAAAAAUAUUUCUCGUAUUGCUAUUAUUCAAAAAAUCCAAGAAGCAAUUAAAGCUAAUAACCGGAUGUUUCCGGAGUGUCACGAUCAAGAAAUCGGCGAGUAUAUAAAAGAUACUAAGAGCUUCUUGAAUAAAAAAUUUGAGCGUUGGAACGAAGAUGAUGUUGAAGAUUUUCGGUACUAUUGUGAUUGCGGUGUAAAUAAAUUACAAAUGUAUGCUAAGUAUUGCGAUAAAACAGACAUGGAUGCCGCGACGGACAUGAUAUAUCACGUAGAUGACAAAAUUUUGAGAUAUUUUGAUUACAAAAGAGCUGAAGAACAAAGUUUCUUUUAUUGGGACUUUGCGAUUUGUUUCACACGAUUGCUAAUUUGUUACGAAUAUCUCGGGGAUGAUGAGCUUGUAGAUAACAAAUUAAUUUGUCAUACUGUUGUGAAUAGACUGACGAAUGCAUUGAACAAUGACUUUUAUUCUACUGAAGAUUGGAUGAGUCAUAAUGCGAAGAAAAUCGUGUAUUUAAAUAUCUCAUAUUUACUUACGAAUUAUUUAUACAGCAAGAAUAAAUUUGAAGCGAUGAUUGAUAACGAUGCAAUUAAUUUGAUUAAAAGAUUUAUACCACUGCUUCAAGAUCAACAGUAUAAACAUUUUUAUUUGGACUCAUUUCGUGCUUUAGAAAUGCAUAAUUAUUAG